AUGCCUCGGAAACUUCCUUCAUACUCAGACAAUUCUGACCCUGCAUUCACCGAGGACGUGGAGGACAUUCUCGCCCGUUUCCAGCAAAAAGACACCGUGAGAUUUGAGGCGUUUUCGUCCAUAUGGAGAGAAAUGUGCUUCUCCGAGGUCUACCACGGGCUGCCCAGUAUGAGUGAGACGAAGAGGUUCUGCAGGCUCACUUUGACCACUGCUGCCAAGUAUUUUCUACCUCCAUACAGUUACCAAAUCCGAGUAGGAGCUUUGUACUUGAUGUAUGGCCUUUAUCACAGCCAGCUCGCCAUCCCACCUGUGAACAUUCGGAUUGCUUUGAAAGAUUGGUGUCAUGUGGAGAAAUUUGUCCAGGACUCUGUGAACUCUGGGCAUUAUGAUGUAGUUUACAUUUAUAAGAAGCUUGUUGCCAAGAAAAGCAUACACUUCACCGCAAUUGACCACUUCCUGUACUACCGCAGACUGAAGUGCCCAACUACUCAAUCUGUUUGUGCAGAUUUCAUUGGCAGAAGCGCUGUUGUCCAGGAUCUCCUCUCGGCUCACAUUUUGGAGGAGAUGAGCAACAUUCAAAACCACUAUGAGAAGAUGAAAGCAGCCAUGCCAGAGGUCCACUCAAAAGCAUCCAUGACCCAUCGAGAUGUGGUCACCAAUCUGAAAGACUGUAUGUCAGAGUUUAUUGCCUGGCAGAACAAAACAUUCUCACAAGGCAAGGGAAAGGAUCAAGUGCAGCAGGAUGUGACUGCAGAGGAAGAAGCAAGCAGCAGGGCCAACCUACUGUCCUCCAUUAAGCAGAAAAGCUUCAUGUUUCAAGGAGAAUCUAAAGCACGAAGGCAUCGGCCAGUAGAGGUGGUCAGUGAAUGCAACUCAGGAGAGGCUGUGCAGACAAGCUCCCGCAAGAAGAAGAGGCCCAUCUCUCUGUUCAGACGCACAACGAACAAAUUUGGUAUGAGUGAAGAGAAGGGGAAACUCAAUAGCUGGCUCCUGACCAUUCCAGAGGGCUUCCCACAGGACCGUGUUCUAGAUCCUAUGCUUCUUGUGCCAUAG